UUAGACCUCAGUUACUCUAGACUGGUUUGGUUCUGGUUUGGUUCAAGAUGGCUCUCCAUUUGCAACAUCUCCUCUUGGCCAUUCUCCUCUCAGUACAUGUGAUCAACAUCCGAGCUCAAGAGGCCGGCCUGUCUGAAUCCUGGACCAGCAGAUCCUGUAAAUGCGAUUGUGAUGGAGAGGGUCCCACCGAGGGCUCCUCCUUUGGCUCGGCGAUGGUGCGAGGGGUGGACUGUAUGCCAGAGUGUCCGUACCACAAGCCGCUCGGGUUUGAAGCUGGAUCAGUGAGUUCAGAGCAAAUCUCGUGUUCAAACCAGGAGCAGUACACCGGCUGGUUCUCCUCAUGGCUCCCAAACAAGGCUCGCCUCAACAGCCAGGGAUUUGGCUGUGCGUGGCUGUCCAAGUACCAGGACAAUAACCAGUGGCUGCAGAUCGACCUGAGGGAGGUGAAGGUGGUCUCUGGUAUUCUGACCCAGGGCAGGUGUGACGCCGAUGAAUGGGUUACUAAAUACAGCGUCCUGUAUCGCUCUGAUGAGAAACUCAACUGGAUCUACUACAAGGACCAGACUGGGAACAACAGGGUCUUCUAUGGGAACUCCGACCGCUCUUCCUCAGUUCAGAACUUGCUCCGCCCCCCCAUCGUGGCCCGGUACAUCCGCAUCCUGCCCCUGGGAUGGCACACUCGCAUCGCCCUUCGCUUGGAGCUGCUCCUCUGUAUGAGCAAAUGCUCUUGAAGCUCUCGUUCCCUCUGUAUUGUCAAGGACCUCAUUGUUAAUGCUUCAUGAAUAUCACAUGGGCCCAGACUGCCGCCCAACACACAGUUCUGUUUUACAUUCACCGGUGCUUUCAUUUGGUUUGUUUGAUCUGAAUAGUGACAAACUGAACACACGGGGUCAUUUGCAACAAAAUUAAUUCAAAGCAAUAAUUUCAAAACAAAGUGUUACCAUGGGGGUUUAAAUCAAGCUGUUUGAGAAAAUACUG